UCUCUCUCUCUCUCUCUCUCUCUAAGCUUCUGUCUCUAAAGCUUCCUCAGAGGUGUUCUCUUGAGUUUCACUUUCACCCACUGUUCUUGUAAAUUGACUCUGUUUCACAACCCUAAUUCUUUCUUUCUUGUUAACGAUGGAUUGAUCCUCCUUGGUUUUUGAUUAAGGGGAAAAAACAUGCUCCUGUUCCUCUGCUUGAGAUCGCUGACUACUCUGCUUCUUGAAAUGACGAAACAACAUCUGCGGUUAUUCCUCAUUGUAAUUGUGUUUUCGGUGUUCAUCACUUUGCAAGCUUCGGCUAUUACAGAUCCACGGGAUGUGGCAGCUCUUCAAGACUUGUACAAGGAACUGAACUACCCACCACAGUUGGAGAAGUGGAGAUCAUAUGCUGGGGAUCCAUGUGAUGAAUCAUGGAAAGGAAUCUCAUGUUCUGGUUCAACUGUCAUUUUCAUUCAGCUUCCAGGACUAAAUCUCGGUGGACAUCUUGGAGGCCAGCUCCAUAAUCUCCAUAAUUUGAAGCAACUGGAUGUUAGCUCCAAUAACAUUCAAGGUGAAAUUCCUUACGGGUUACCCCCUAAUGCCACUCAUAUAAAUUUGGCAUGCAACAAAUUUAGUCAAAAUAUCCCCAACUCCCUCACUUUCAUGAAGAAUCUUCGACAUCUGAAUCUGAGCCACAAUUCAUUAUCUGGACCCAUUGGCAAUGUGUUUACUGGCCUACAGAAUCUAAAAGAAAUGGAUCUAUCACACAAUCACUUUACUGGAGAUCUGCCAAGUUCAUUUGGAACUUUGAAAAAUCUUACUAGAUUGUUCUUGCAGAAUAACAAGUUUACUGGGUCUGUGAUCUUCUUGGCUGAUCUCCCACUGUCUCACUUGAACAUCCAAAGUAACCAUUUUAGUGGCAUUAUUCCAAGGCAAUUUCAGUUGAUACCAAAUUUAUGGUUUGGGGGGAAUAGAUUCCAUCCAGGGGGGAACUAUCCACCCUGGGAUUUCCCUUUGGAAACUGAGCAGAAUAUUAAUAGCCCACCGACAACUGAAUCAAGUGCUGUUGAGAACUACCCCUCUAGAAAAGCACAUGAACGCAAGAAGAAAAGGCUGGGUCCUGGAGGAAUAGCUCUCAUGGUUGGUGGAGGAACUCUGUUGGUAAGCUGUGCAGCACUCCUACUUACUGUCCGCAUUAAUCGAGCUCGUGCACAAACGCACAAAAGCUUGGAGGGCAGUGAAAGCGCACUGCAUUGUAUUCCAACCACUACAGUCGAAGCAGAAGAGAGCCCACAAAUCUUGGCUCUCAGUCCACCAACGUUUAUGUCAAGGCCAAUUCCCACUGCUCGCAAUGUCAGAUUUGAGAAAAUUUGCUCCAGAAGAAGUUUCUCUAAGAAAUCCAGAAUCCCAGCAAAUGCAAAGCUUUACACUGUGGCAGAGCUUCAACUAGCUACAAACAGCUUCAGUGAAGAGAACCUUCUUGGAGAAGGAUCCCUUGGUUCUGUUUACAAAGGAGAGUUUCCUGAUGGCCAAGUCAUGGCUGUGAAAAACAUAAACACAGUCUCACUCUCUCUCCAUGAAGAAGAACAAUUCUUGGAUGUGAUAUGGACCGCAGCUCGUUUGAGGCAUCCAAACAUUGUAACACUUCUUGGGUAUUGUGUGGAGCACGGACAGCAUCUCCUUGUGUACAAGUUUGUCAGAAAUUUGUCUCUUGAUGAUGCACUGCACUGUGAAGUAUACAAGCCUCUGUCUUGGAGCCUCCGACUCCAGAUUGCCCUCGGCAUUGCACGUGCUUUGAACUAUUUGCACUCUGUAUGUUCACCUCCUAUUGCCCAUUGCAACCUAAAGGCCGCCAACAUCUUACUUGAUGAAGAGCUUACACCUCAUAUCUGUGACACAGGGCUAGCCGUUUUAAGGCCACUUACAAGCAACACUGUUAAACUGAAGGCUUCUGAGAUGGCUAUUGGCAAUUGUGGCUACAUUGCACCUGAACAUGGCCAGCCUGGAAUCGAUAACAAGAAGAGUGAUGUAUAUGCCUUUGGAGUGCUGCUUUUAGAGCUACUAACAGGAAGAAGGCCAUUCGAUAGUUCAAGAUCAAGGGAAGAGCAAUCUUUGGUGAAAUGGGCUUCUGCCCGGCUUCAUGACAAUGAUUCUUUGGGACAGAUGGUUGAUUCAGGCAUCAAAGGAACUUUCUCCUCCAAGGCUCUCUCACAAUAUGCAGAUAUUGUCUCUCUCUGCAUUCAGCCCGAGAAAGAAUUCAGACCACCAAUGACGGAAGUUGUGGAAUCUGUUAGACGUCUGUUACAAAAGACGAGAAGCAGGUUAAUUGAGGGUGGCGAAGUUGAGGUUGAGGGCUUCGAUAAAUCUUUCCAUUCCACGAACACCCGCUUUGUAGGCUCACCAUCAAUGAGCAUUAUGUCCGCCUGAGCAAUGAAACAGGUUGAGUACUAUAGAUCAAACCUAACUCCAUAAUCAACUCGAUUAUUUCGUGUCAGCUUGGUUGGUUCUGCAUUUUCACUCAAUCACUCAGAGGACAUUGCUGCUGAUCAUCCGACUAUAAUAACCAUACGGCGAUUUCAUUUACCAACAAUCUUUAGCAUUUUAAGGAAAAUACAUAUUACGCUUAUUCUUUGGGAUUCUACCAAUUCUUUUAGUGAGUAAAAAGAAAUGUCAUCUUAUAUUCUUCUUAUCUUCUAAGAAUUUAGAGCUGUCCUGUACUGCUGUCGAGUUUCACUGUUGUAACACGAUAGACUUACCUUUGAAUUCUAUCCAUAUUCUUA